AUGCUUAUAAACGACAAAAAAGAAAUUGAUAAAUUGGGCGGUUUAAGCUCUCCUAACCCAGAAAAUGAUUAUUUAAGUGUUGAACAUAAAAAUUUGUCAGUCAAUUUUGCAGAGUUAGAUACUUUUAGAAGCACCAGCUCAUUCCAGAGAGAAAGCCAGCCUGAAGAAGAUUUAGACUCUAAAAUGCUUUUAUACUCAGAUGAAAAGGCAACAAUUUUAAAAUUUCUGAAUCAAGUGGCAGUGCAAAGUCACAAAUAUCAGUCGCUUCUUCCCAAAUUAAAUUUCUCACCAUGGUAA